AUGACAGAUGACGCACGCUACGAGACACACGUCAUUAUCUAUCGACAGCAAAGAUGUGAUUUUGUUUUGCCGAGGCGCUACCAACAGUUAACGUACAAAAGCGCCGGUGCGCAAGGAUGGGUGGUUGCGGCGGUGGAUACGGUGUUGAAUCGACCGGUGGCCAUCAAGAAGAUGCGGAACCCGUUUGUGAUGGAGAUCUCGGCGAAGCGGACGUACAGAGAGUUUGUACUGCUUGAAGCGUUCAAGCAUCCCAAUAUCAUCGCCCUGCUCAACGCGUUCAGCCCCCAAACUUCCGCCACCCAACUGAACGACAUGUAUUUUGUGAUGGAGCUCGCGGAUUUCAACUUGUCACAUGUGAUCCGUGAGAAGCGACUUCCCCACCCACAUCUAUCCUUCCUUAUCUUUCAGCUUUUAUGCGCAAUGAAGCAUCUCCACCGGUCCGGCAUUAUCCAUCGGGACCUAAAACCCGAGAAUAUUGUCAUCAACGAGGACGUGACGCUGAAGAUUCUGGACUUUGGGCUGGCACGGCGCACGCCUUUUGAUGCGCAGAUGCGGAUGACAAAUUACGUUGUCACACGAUGGCGUGUUUUCGGUCGAAUCCUGUACUAUUUUUUAGUUGAUGUCUGGUCGAUUGGUUGUAUUUUUGCUGAAAUCCUCACACGGAAGAUCCUGUUCCCCGGCACCGACCAUCUCGACCAAUGGCGCAGUAUCGUCUCCAAAAUGGGCACCCCACCCACAUCAUUUAUCGACAAAAUGACGAGGAAUGUAGCGUUUUUCGUGCGAUCUCAGCCCAAGCAGACGGCCAAAUCAUUGGAGGAGUUGAUACCCGAUUCGUGUCUGCCAAAUGAAAGCGAGGACCCGGCUCAUUGCUUGACAGCCCGCUACGCCCGGGACCUGAUCAGCCGAAUGCUGGCUAUCGAUCCGGAACAGAGAAUUUCGGUGGAGGAAGCACUUCGGCAUCCUUAUGUUGCUGGAUGGCUUAAGCAGCACGACAUCAACCUGCCGAUCACCACCCAUCGCUACGAUGAUCAGAUUGAGCUGGAGGAGCGGAGUAUAGCCCAGUGGAAAGCAAUCAUCUUCGACGAGUUGCAACGGUACGCUGCAACUAAUGACGUUUUCGGUGGGAUCACCGGGACUGCCGUG